CGUUAAAUCACAUCACCUCGGAUUUCACAGAGCAGAGCAUCCCCUCCUCCUCCUUAUUUCUCUCUCUCCCACUUCUCUCCCUGCUACACUGCCAUAUGUUUCAUGUCCCGAUUCUGACUUUUAUUCCCUCCCGCGCCUACUUUAUCUUCUCCUUUUCGCUUUGUUUGUCCUGGCAUUGUUUGUUUUGGUUUCUGUGUUCUUUGGUUGUUCCUUUAAAUUUUUCUGAAGUCUGAAGAAGCUAAAACAAUGCCCAUGUGCUUUUAUUUUGUUUGCUUUUGAGAACUGGAAGAAGAGAAGGAAAAGAGACUGAGUGUUUUGAGCCUCUUUCAUUACAAAACACUGAAGAGAUGACCAAAGAAGAUGACUUUAAGCUCCUCAAGAUCCAGACUUGUGUUCUCAAAGUGAACAUACACUGUGAUGGGUGUAAGCAGAAAGUAAAGAAACACCUUCAGAGGAUUGAAGGAGUUUACCAAGUAAACAUAGAUGCCGAGCAACAAAAAGUCACAGUUUCAGGUACUGUAGAUACCGCAACUUUGAUCAAGAAACUAGUCAGAGCUGGGAAACAUGCUGAGGUUUGGUCCCAAAAGUCCAAUCAAAAACAAAAUAACAACUGCAUCAAAGAUGACAAGAGCAAUAAAAGUCAAAAGCAAGGCUUGGUCAAGGGCCUCGAGGCCUUCAAGAACCAGCAGAAAUUCCCUGUAUUCAGCUCUGAAGAAGAUGAUGACUAUCUUGAUGAUGAAGAAGAUGAUGAUGGGGAUGACCUCGGAUUUCUUGGACCAAGCCAACUGGGUCUUCUCAGGCAGCAUAUCAUGGAUGCAAACAAAGCAAAGAAAGGUAUCGGUGCCAUUCCUCCAGCUUCUAACAAUGGUAAUGAAAUGAAAAAUCUUGUAAAUGGGAAUGCUGGAAAGAAAGGAAACCCAAAUCAGAAUAUGGGAAUGAAGGUCAAUCCAGGGGGGAUAGAUCAGAAAACCAUGGCAGCAUUGCAAAUGAAAAAUGCCCAAUUAGGUGGUGGAAACAUCAGUGCUGGGGAGGGCAAAAGGGGAAAUGACACUAGUACCAUGAUGAACCUUGCUGGUUUUCGUGGAAAUGAUGCUAAUGUCAGCAAUGCUACAGCUGCUAUUGCUGCAUUAGGAGGUAAUCCCAACGGUCUAGGGUUGCAAGUUCAAUCCAAUAAUAACGGGCAUCAAGGACCUUCUGCAGCAGCGGCAGCGGGAUUCCCGACUGGUGGAUAUAGCACAGGUCAGUACCCAUCAUCCAUGCUGAUGAACAUGACUGGGCAAAACCAUCCAGCAUCAAUGAUGAUGAACAUGCAAAACAGGAAUGGCAUGCAACAACCCCAGAUGAACAUGACUGGGCAAAACCAUCCAGCAUCAAUGAUGAUGAACAUGCAAAACAGGAAUGGCUUGCAACACCCCCAGAUGAUGUAUCACAGGUCUCCUUAUAAUCCACCGACCACUGGUUAUUGCUACAACCCUCACCCUCACCCCUACGCUGACCCUCACCUAGCUCACCCCUACGCUGAACAACCUAAUUAUAAUGGCGAUUUCUCUGCUGCAGCAUCAACAGAAAUGUUCAGUGAUGAGAGCACUAGCAGCUGUUCCAUAAUGUAAUGAAAGCAUGUAGAAAGAGUAAAAAAAGAAUGGUGUGCUGACUUGAAUAAAUGUAAUGUUUAGGGGAGUUGGUUCCUCUUGUCAGUAUUCUCCGGUGGUGUGGUCUAGAGGAACAGGUCGGAUUGAGAAUUGGAUGCAGGAUGUCUCUGUAGUUAGUUCUGAAUCUUCUUUUUUUAGCAGUGUAUCGUGUAGUCGUUAAGAUGUUUGUUUCUAAAUUAGUCGAGCUCUCUCUUGUUCUUUUAUUUGUUUGAAAGAAAGAGAGUCUUGGUUUGUGGAUUGUGUAAGCCACGCUACCAGCAAGUAAAUAAACAAAAGGGAGUGAAUUAUGGAGUAAUAUAUAAAUGUUGGUGUA